AUGGAGGGGAUUUCUAAUGAAGUUUGUUCUCUUGCUGCACAUUGGGGUCUGGGAAAACUGAUUGCUUUCUAUGAUGACAACCAUAUCUCCAUUGAUGGUGACACGGCAAUUGCAUUCACUGAGAGUGUGGACACCCGUUUUGAGGGUCUUGGGUGGCACGUGAUCUGGGUCAAGGACGGUAACACAGGGUAUGAUGAAAUUCGUGCUGCCAUUGAGGAAGCAAAGGCUGUGAAAGACAAACCUACUUUAAUUAAGGUGACUACAACCAUCGGUUAUGGAUCCCCUAACAAGGCAAACUCAUACAGUGUACAUGGGAGUGCAUUGGGUGGUAAGGAAGUGGAUGCUACCAGGAAGAACCUUGGAUGGCCUUAUGAACCUUUCCAUGUUCCCGAGGAUGUAAAGAAGCAUUGGAGCCACCAUACCCCUGAGGGUGCUGCUCUUGAAGCUGAAUGGAAUGCAAAGUUUGCUGAAUAUGAGAAGAAGUACAAGGAGGAAGCUGCAGAGUUGAAAUCUAUCAUCAAUGGUGAAUUGCCUGCUGGUUGGGAGAAAGCUCUCCCCAUGUAUACGCCUGAGAGCCCGGCUGAUGCCACCAGGAAUCUCUCUCAACAAUGCCUAAAUGCCCUUGCAAAGGUUCUCCCUGGUCUUCUUGGUGGUAGCGCUGAUCUUGCUUCCUCCAACCUGACCCUGCUCAAAAUGUUUGGCAACUUCCAAAAGGACACACCAAAAGAACGUAAUGUCAGGUUUGGUGUCCGUGAACAUGGUAUGGGAGCCAUCUGCAAUGGGAUUGCCCUCCACAGCCCUGGCCUCAUUCCCUACUGUGCUACUUUCUUUGUAUUCACUGACUACAUGAGAGCAGCCAUUAGGAUUUCUGCCUUAUCUGAAGCUGGAGUUAUAUAUGUUAUGACUCACGAUUCAAUUGGGCUAGGAGAAGAUGGACCGACCCACCAGCCUAUUGAGCACUUGGCGAGCUUCAGAGCAAUGCCUAAUAUUUUGAUGCUCCGUCCGGCUGAUGGCAAUGAAACAGCUGGUGCCUACAAGGUUGCAGUCCUUAACAGGAAGAGACCAUCAAUCCUUGCCCUCUCUAGGCAAAAGCUGGCCCAACUUCCCGGAACUUCCAUUGAAGGAGUUGAAAAGGGAGGCUACAUUAUAUCAGACAACUCUUCAGGUAACAAGCCAGAUGUCAUCUUGAUUGGGACGGGGUCAGAAUUGGAAAUUGCAGCCAAAGCUGCUGAUGAGCUUAGAAAGGAAGGCAAGGCUGUUAGAGUUGUCUCCUUUGUUUCUUGGGAGCUUUUUGAUGAGCAAUCAGAUGAUUAUAAGGAAAGUGUCCUGCCAGUGGCUGUAUCAGCUAGAGUCAGCAUUGAAGCUGGAUCGACAUUUGGGUGGGAGAAGCUUGUUGGACCCAAAGGGAAGGCUAUUGGAAUUGAUCGGUUUGGGGCAAGUGCACCCGCAGGAAAAAUAUACAAGGAGUUUGGCAUUACAGCAGAGGCUGCUGUAGCAGCAGCUAAAGAAGUUUGCUAGGCCUUUUUAUCUUAUUUUCUUGGUUUGCUGGCAGUCUACGAAACUUGUUUAUCCUUGGGUUCUGGGAUCGGAAAUUACAGUGGACAGUUCUUGCUUAGGGGACUUGACUUGGUUCAUGGCCUCUUAGUUCUUAAUAACAAAAGAAGAUAAAGUUUUCUUUUGUUGCUUUAUCUUCUUCAGUGGAGCAGCUGAGCCUGCAAACUGAAUCAAGAUCAGAACUUACAGACUAGGGCUUAUGAAUGUUCAGUUGUACACUGAACAUGUGUGAGUUUUGUAAUUUUGUGGUUGAUUGAUAAUGAGGUUUCAUUUUCUCCAGUACUCGGUUGAUUAGGUAUCAGAUAAUAUUUCUCCUCUCUUGCAAUGUACCCAUUUCGAUUUGUAUACAAGCAAAUUGAUGAUCAAAUUAUUAAUCCCAUGAUAUUGUGACAUUAGGGUUUUGAG